AUGGGCUCCGGAGCGAAGUGUGCAACAGCCUCUCAAGUGACUGUGCUCUGUAAGGAGAUGAAGUUCCCCAGCAGAGCAGCCAAGCCCCCCUCUCCAUCUGACUUUCUGGACAAACUGAUGGGACGCACAUCUGGCUACGACGCCCGCAUCAGACCCAACUUCAAAGGUCCUCCUGUCAACGUCACCUGUAACCUCUUCAUCAACAGCUUUGGAUCCAUCACCGAAACAACAAUGGACUACCGCCUCAAUGUAUUUCUGAGGCAACAGUGGAACGACCCUCGACUGGCGUAUAAGGAAUAUCCGGAUGACUCUCUGGACCUGGACCCGUCAAUGUUGGACUCCAUUUGGAAACCUGACCUGUUCUUCGCAAACGAAAAGGGAGCGAACUUCCACGAGGUCACAACAGACAACAAACUGCUUCGGAUAUUCCAGAAUGGAAAUGUCCUCUACAGCAUCAGGCUGACGCUGACUCUUUCCUGUCCCAUGGAUCUGAAAAACUUCCCCAUGGACAGCCAGAUGUGUAUCAUGCAGCUGGAAAGCUUCGGCUACACCAUGAACGAUCUUAUUUUUGAAUGGUUGGAUGUGGGGGCGGUGCAGGUGGCUGAUGACCUGACACUGCCUCAGUUUGUGCUGAACGAGGAGAAAGGCCUUGGCUACUGCACCAAGCAUUACAACACAGGUAAAUUCACCUGCAUUGAGGUCAAAUUCUACCUGGAGCGUCAGAUGGGCUACUACCUGAUUCAGAUGUACAUACCGAGUCUGCUCACCGUCAUCCUGUCCUGGGUGUCCUUCUGGAUCAACAUGGAUGCGGCUCCGGCCCGGGUGGGACUGGGCAUCACAACGGUGCUCACCAUGACGACACAGAGCUCUGGCUCCAGGGCCUCCCUGCCAAAGGUGUCCUAUGUAAAAGCCAUAGACAUCUGGAUGGCGGUUUGUCUUCUUUUUGUGUUUGCUGCACUACUGGAGUACGCAGCCGUUAAUUUUGUUUCACGCCAGCACAAGGAGUUCUUCAGACAGAGGAAGAAGCUCAAAGAGCAGCAGCGGCAGAGAACUGUGAGUGCUCAGCAGGGAAGUGGUGACAGUAAAGCGAAGGGAAACAACACGUCAGGAAACAGUGCUCCUCAUGGGAACGUGGCCCAGCAGUGCAGCGUCUGUUCCCGGGAGGAGGAGCUGGCACAGCAGGGUCUACUCUUCCAGAGUUUCGGCCUUGCACUGUCAGCAGGAACUGCACCGGAAAUGGACGCCACGCCGGUGUUUGCUGAUCUCCCUCCUGGUUUAGGUUUCUAUGAAAUACGCAGGCGCUUUGUGGAUCGAGCGAAAAGGAUUGACACCAUCUCCCGAGCCGUUUUCCCCAUGAGCUUCCUCAUGUUUAACGUUCUGUACUGGCUCACCUACAAAGUCCUAAGACAUGAAGACCUUCAGGCCACACAGUGA